AUGGGCCUCCGGCUUCUGCCGCCAGUAGCAACUGUGGAAGAAGUGGCCGGAGCAGGCAGGGCAGGAGUCCUGGAGACCGGGGAGACUGCGGACAGCGAGGUUGCCGCUCUAGAGGUGGAGAGGAGGCCUCCGAACGGCGGUGCCAGCCUUCGCACGACAGCCGGCGUGGGGCUUGAGCCAGGGCUCACCUCGCACGAGAAGAUCCUGGCUCCAGAUUUUUUUAAAAGACUCAAAGGCUGGACGGGCAUGCCGGGCUGGCGCAGUCACAUGGGCCCUGGGCGCCGCCAGGAGGGCGAAAGGGGUGAGGCGCCGUUGCUAGGCGCCGGUGGUGGGCGCUGCGCUGCGUGCCUUGCGUGGGGCGUGCGGCGGCCAAGGCGGGAACCUCGAGCGGCUGCGCCUUGGCCGGAGGUAGCAGCGGUCCGCCGCCGGGCCGGGUGGGGCCGGGACCGAGGCAGGCGGGGUCGAGCGGGCGAACGGUCGGUGUGGUGUGGACGGCCCGGGGGCAGCCCUGGAGGUGGCGGGCCGGGUUGGGGACGGGGCAGAGGCCUUAGCGUGCAGGACCCACCAGUUUGGCCCCCGGUGCGCAUCAGUUGUAGAAUAAGCCUUUGGGCCUCCCCGAGGCCCCCACACUGCCCCCGGUCCAGGACGCACCUGUCAGCCUGGUGCCAGGUCCUCAGGCUCGUGGGCCCCCACGCCUCAGUGCCUGCCAACCUCUGCCCCCGCGCCCCGCCAGCGUGGCAGCCCCCACCCCUCAGUGCCUUGCCUGACCUCUGCUCCACUCCCCCCUCAGUGUGGCAGCAGCCCUUACUCAAUGUCUUCAGACACUUCAAGGUGGAUGAGUGGAAGAGGUCCACCAAGGAGGGUGACAUGCCUUUAGUGAAGGACAAGACCCUGAGAAGCACUGUGUACCAGAUCCGGGGAUCUGUGUCUGCCAGCAACUACAUCCAGCUCCCCAAAACCAGCACCCAGUCGCUGGGACUGACUGGGCAGUACCUGUAUGUUCUCUUCCAGCCCCUGCCCACCAAGCACUUCAUCAUCCACCUGGACUUGGCCAUUGAGGUGCACCAGGUUGUCCGUGUGUCCUUUUCCAACCUAUUCAAGGAGUUCAAGUCUAUGGCUACGUGGCUUCAGUUCCUCUUCCUCUGUGAGGCGCGGCUGUCCAGGCCAGGCGCGGGCCCCCCUGGUACCUGCUGGACCUGCCUGCAUCUAGACUUGCAGGACACCCUGCUCAUGUACCUGAACCAGCAUUAUGGGCACCUUAAGAGUGUCCACCUGUGUGCAAGCAUGCUGGUCUGGAACCUCUACACCAGUGAUCUGUGCUUUGACCCCGCUGUGACCAUAACUGAGGCCCAGUGCAACAAGUUGGCUGUCACUCCCAUGCCAUGAGAAAUGGCAUUCCCAGUGCCAAAGCGGGAGUGCUGGCAUGACUGCUAUGUCCACAUGUGGUUUCCAAGCAACAGCCCAGGAGCACCCUGUGAGCUGGGUCAGAAGAGCUGAUCCCCUCCUAAGGCAGGCCUCCUGGGGCCUAUGCCACGGCUCAUUCCACGUGUGGUGGUUGGCAGCAGAGCCCUGAAGGACAGCGUGUCCCCCGUGGUCCCGAUGUCCAGUCCCACAGCAUCCCACCCGGCCGCCUCGGUGUCUGUGUCCUUCCUGGAGGUCAGUCUGUCCUUACAGCCCCUGGAGGCCUUGGCUCAGGUGGGGGCUGGCGAUGGUGUCCACACGUUUGCCCACACUCAGGCUAUAGCGCCUUGGGCCCUGGAGGAUGUUGGCUCUCAGGAGGUGAGUACCCGUUCCAGGAAGGCAUGGGCCCUCACUGCACUGGGCCCAGGUGGCCAGCACUUGGGGAGCAUGUCGCCAGUGAGAGUAGUGUCUGGGGCCUGGCGUAGCUGCUUCACCUCCUGCUUUGAAGUGGCACUGGGGGCCGAGGGGCCUCUGAUACCUUUUCCCAUCCAGGCUGCCAGCAGAUGGGGUCUGUAUGUUGCUCCUCAACUCUUGAGUCCCACUCCCAGCUCCUGGUGGUCUGUGGUGGUGGGGGUAGGGAGGCUCGGGCUGCAGGUGGGGCAAGACCCAGGGUCCCCAGAAUCCUGGCUUCUUGCCACGGGCAGGAGCCAUCCCAGGACCCAAGCAGUCACUCUUGCGAGGGGGGCUGGGGAUGGGCUGUGCCCUGCUGGGCUCUCACCAGGAGUCUGCCUGUUUCAGAGCUUACUCCCGGUUCCGAUCCUGAAGCUCAAGGGGGUCAUUGGCUUUGGGGGCCCCAGCACCAGAUGGGCCCUAUGGACCAAGGAUGGGGCCACUGUUGUGUACCCUUGCCAUGUGGUCAUUGUCACCCUGCAGAUCUACACAAGCGAGCAGCGCUUCUUCCUUGGCCACACUGACAAGAUCUCUGCCCUGGCACGGGAUGGGAGCAGCUUGCUGCUGGCCUCAGCACAGGUGCAGCCUCUGUGCAUGGUGUGGCUCUGGGACUUCCAGACAGGGGGCUGCCUGUCCAUGUUCCAGAGCCCAGUCCAUUCUGUCUGCUCCCUCAGGUGGGUGGGGUCAGUGGUAGGGGUAGGGGUGGCACUAAUGUCCAGGAACUGUGUGCCUAGGCUGCAUGGGAGCCGAGCUUCCCAUCGCCUCACCAGCUGGUCCCUCCAGAGAAGCGCAUCACCCAGCAGCCCAGAGGGAUGGGCUGGGCAGAGCCCCAAGGACGCUUGGAUGCAACCGGGCUCAGUCCCCCUGGGGCUGGUGCAGGCUGUGUUGCAGAUGGUGGUGGCGUGGGGCACCAAUCCAGUGGGCCUCGGCGGCAAGUAUGGAGGUAGGGUCUCACCGUGGGCACCCCAGAGUGGGCGCUUACCCCUUUGCCUCUCCUGUAGGAUGGCGUUAUGUGAGCGGGGAACCGUGCGUCUGUGGCGGCUGUGUGGUGGGGCGUUACACUCCUGCCCAGAGGACCUGGUGGAGCACCACAUGCUGCACUUCACUGACCUUGCCUUCCUCCAGUCGUGCCAGGAAGGGCCACAUAUGCUCUACGUGUGCAACUAGAGUGGUCACAUUCUGGAGGUGGAUGCCCAGUGCAUGGCUGUGAGGCAUGCCCGCCGCCUGUUGCCCAUGCAGCCCCCCAAGAGCCCCCACUAGCAGAAGCCAACCUUCACUUCAGGCCCCGGCAUCACCAUCAGCGUCAGCAUCUCCCCAGCCCUGUGCGCUAUGGGCUCCGAGGACCACUACCUGCGUCUCUGGCUUCUGAACUUCUCCGCGGUGCACCUGGAGGCAGAGCACGAGGGCCCAGUCAGCUCAGUCUGCAUCAGCCCUGAUGGCCAGCACAUGCUCUCCACCACCGCCAUGGGCCAACUGGGCUUCCUGGACAUGGCAUCACAGGAGUACCGUGUGCUGGUCUGUUCCCAUACUGCCUCUGUGCUGGCCUGCGCCACAGAGCCAGUCAAUAUGCAGCUUGCCACUGUUGCCCAGGACAGCACCAUCUGCAUCUGGGACCUGGCAACCCUGCAGCAGCUGUAUGAUCUUACACCCCUGGGUGAGGCCCCAGGCACAGUGACCUUUCAACCCACUCAGCAGAUCCCGUCCUGUGGCUUCCGUAGCAGCGCUGUGUGGUCCUUCAGCCUGACGACCUCAGAUGUGCUGAUGGAGCACAGGUGACACAGAGGGGCUAUGACUGGCCUGGCCGUCACUCCUGAUGGCAGCUUCCUGUUCAGCACCUGUUCUCAGGGCACCCUGGCCCAGUACAACUGCACAGACCCCUGGUGCUCUGGCUCACAGCAUCCCAAAGCCGAGGAUGGCUGUCCCGCUCAUCUGACCCGUUGCCCCCAUGCUGCCCCAGGAAGCAUGGUAUGCCAGGAUGCCUGGCCAAGCCCCAGUGCCCUGGCGGUCAGUGGGGACAGCCUCCUGCUGGCCUUCGUGGGCCCCUCCAAGUACACAGUGACUGGCGGCCGCGGCCUCCCUAGACGAGCUGCACAGUUCCUCGGGAUUGCCACCGGGGCUCUCCUUGUCACCAUGUGGAUGCAAGGGCCUGGGGGCGGGGGGGCAGGGUGGGUGUGCCUGUGGUGGAAGGGCACUGUGUCCUCCCGGGCAAGGGCCUAUGCAUGUGCACUCUGCCCAGCGGCAGUGGCUGACGCUCACGCACUGUUGCCCCAGCUGCUGCAAGUGGAUGUCAGCGCCCUGCUUCAGGCCAUCUGCUUCCGGCCCCAGUCCAAUAGCCACCUGCUGGUGUCCACCUUCUCCGCCAAAGUCCUGGUGCUGGAUGUCACGUCGGGGUGCACCAUUUGGGAUGUGAGCCCCAGAGCACUAUCGCUCUUAUCCCUUGACAAAGACAGAACCCCCAGGCCACUGCUGUCCCCCAAGAGCUGUCUAGCCUACCACCACUUGAAUGACGCCAAGCUAUCUGACGUCCACCCUGUGGCCUGCUCCUCCCUGGCUUUCAGUGAGGAUGCCCGCCUCCUGGUGACGGCCGGUGACCAGGCCAUCAAGGUGUGGGACUCCUCAACAUAGGCACACCCUGGCUGCCAGGUUUCCCUCGGGCACUUGGAGCCUGUGCAGGGCAUGGCCUUCACCCCCGACCAGCAGCAGGUCCUCAGUGUGGGAGAUGCUGUCUUCCUCUGGGACAUCCUGGUCUCCCUGAGAGGACACCCCAGGGCAUGCAAGUGUCCACUUUGCCCUCGUGCCCACCCACCACACAGCACCUUCUCUGUACUCUCUGUCUCAUUGCUUCUGCAGUGUCCAAGGCUCAGCCAGGGCCUCACCAGCCUGUGCCAGCAGCCCCAGGGAUGUCGUGCCCUGCUCACUGCCUGCCCGGAUUCCUACAAGCCCUUCGUGGUAUACUUCGAGGCCUCCCAGCUCCCCAAGCCCUGCAGCCCCGCAGGCUUCUUUGCCUACAUGUGCGGCGGCCUGGUGGUGGUAGAGGACCUGCGCUCUGGCUCCUGGCAGCACUGGUUCGGCCACCCCGAGGACGUGUCCACACUGGCCCUCAGCCAUGAUGCCUAGGUGUUGGUCUCUGUCUUGGGCCACAGCAGUGAGGCUGCCUGCUGCUAGAUCUGCAUCUGGGAUGUGUUUAUGGGCAUCUGCCAGAGACUCAUCUCUCACCAUGAUUCCGCCAUCCAGACCCUGGCCUUCUCACUGGACCCAAGGCUCCUUAUCACACUGGGUGACUACAGCAACUGCACUCUUGCCCUGUGGAGCAUGGCCACCCAUGAACUUGUGACCUUCACCCACCUCCCAGAGCCAGUGCAUGGCGUGGCAUUCAGUCCCGGGGAUGCUGCCAAGCUCGCCUAUGUGUGCCAGGGCGAUGUCACUUUCUGGCUCCUGCAGCAGCUAAGGACAGACACCUGCCUCCAGGUGCAUUGCGAAUCGUUCCUUGUGGAGUUGGGAACCAGCGAGCUCACCACAUUGUGCCUCAGCACAGUGCCCCUACUCUGCUGCAGCUCCAGUGCCGGCCAGGUCUGCGUCUGGGACACUUGCUCUGGCUGCUGCUUCCUGGCCUGGGAGGCUGAUGAUGGCGAGAUUGGAGUGCUGCUGUGUGUGGGGACGCAGCUGGUCACCGGCAGCAACACGUGGCGGCUGCACCUGUGGGCCACAGGAGCUGUGCAGGAGCUGAAACUGAAGGGCUUGGGCAUGAGGUCCAGCUCUGUCCUCCUGGAGCACGAGCUGACGCUGGACGGGGACAUCGUGAGUGGUGCUUUUGACGCCUGCCUGGACAUGGGCAUUGUGGGCACCAGGGCGCCAGCAUCCACCUUAUCAGUGACCACAGAAGCAAGAACUUGGGGAGAACAGUCCACUGUCGUCACCAACAGCUGCCGAAGGGAUCGUUUUGUAUCUCUCUACUUGGUCUGCAGCCCACCAGGGGUGGUAAGCUGCCAUGUUCUGGAUUCAGUAGCUCUGUGUGGCCAUUUCUCUGAGGGACAGUCGAGCUGGCCUGGUUGGUGGUGUCCCUCUGUCCAUUGCCCUACACAGACUAAGUGCUGGGACAUGCCAGGGCUCAGGACAGGACCACAGAUGAAGUCACUGGGGGCAGGACAGGCCUGUGUCUCUUCUGUGCUCAGGGCAGCUGGCCCAAGUGGGGCUGGGUGGUGCCCCUCAGCUGGCUGUGUCCUGCAGGUGACUUUUAGCCCUGACAAAUCCCACUGCACCACCUGUGGCGAGGAUGGGAGUGUGAGGGUGUGGUCCUUGGCCAGCAUGGAGCUGGUGAUCCAGUUCCAGGUGCUGAGCCAGAGCUGUCUCUGUCUGGCUUGGAGCCCCCUGUCCCAUGGGCAGCUGGAGCCACAGCAGCUGGUGGGCAGCUACAGCGACGGCACACUGCGCAUCUUCAGUGUUUCCCAAACAGAGAUGGAGCUCAAGAUGCACCCCUACUCAUCUGCACUGAUGGCUGUGGCCUUAGCCACUGACGAUGAGGGUCAGAUCAUCCUCUCCAGGGACAAGGAUGGGCUGGUGGCCAUGAGCUGCCCCCACGCAGGGAUGACUCUCUGAGUGCUGAGAGACCACCAGGACACCCCCAUCUCUGCCACCCAGUGCAGAAGCAAGGAGCAUGGAGAUUUUGGGGUGCCGGGUGCAGACCUGUGGCUGGCCGUCAGCAGGGACCAGCAGAUCAGUGUCUCGGCAGCUGACUGGCUGGAGGACUGCUGUGAGCUUGUGGACUGGCUGAGCUUCCCAGCACCCAUGCCUGCAGAGUCGCCUGCCUGCUUGCUACCCUGCCUUGCUGCCUUCUGUUCCUGGAACAAUGACCUGCUGGUAUGUGCCCACCUCGGCCCUCGGGAGGAGCUGCUCCUCCUGUACAGCCUCUGCCAGAAGCAGGUGGUAGAGACAGUCCCACUGCCCUUUUUUGCCAUGUCCCUGAGUCUGUCCCUGGGAGCAUGCCUUAUGGCUGUCAGCUUUGCUGAGCGCCUAGUGGGGCUAGUGGACUGUGCAUUGGGGACUGUGCAGGACUUCGCUGGCCACAACAACUCGGUGCACCUGUGCCGGUUCUCCCUGUCAGCACAGCUGCUCCUCACAGCGGCCCACAAGGAAAUCCUGGUGUGGGAGGCGUCAGCUGCUAAGGCCCAGGGGCAGCAGUGCCCGGUGCCCUGGGGUGUCUCCCCAGUGACCACCUCAACAGCUGGGCCUUCUGCUGGCCAGGAAGGCUCAGGGUUGCCAGUGAAGUGGCCCUCCACAAGAGUGGGCUCAGGACUGUCUGUAACCAAGACCAGCUGCUGUGAACUUGGGGGUCUGAGAACUGUGAAAUGCUGUUGGCUUUUCUUCUGGGGUUAAUGUGUCUAACCUGUACAGUUUAAAUAAACGUGGGCGUCGCCU